AACCUGGUUCUAGCCUCAGUACGAAUCCGAAUUGCCAACAUGAAUCACCUGCUCCGCCUUCAAAUAGCAGCCCUGCUACUGGUAGCAAUAUUUCUUCGCUCAUCCGCGGGCGAAAACGACCCGGAGCAAAGCUGCAUUCCGGGCACGAUCCCUUCCAUCAAAGCCAACCUGAUGCGAACGCUCAUCAUCUGCUACGUCUACGGUUGCCCCGAGGAAGUGUCGACCGAUAUUGCCAAAACCUUCAACCAGUUCCACCACUUCGAUUUGCAUUCCGACGGCGCCAACAACGAAACGUCAUCCGACGAAGAGGCCCCCAUCAGAAUUUUAUCCAAACUGGCGAAGCUGACCUCGGCCCUUGAAAAGGAUCGCAACGCCGCCCUGACCGCGUGUACCGAUUUCGUGUCACUGCUGAACAAGCUCAUAGUGGACCUUCUGCAAAUUAAUAGCAAGUGCUUCCUGGAGCCACAAGCUAAAUACCCGCCGGACAUGCCAGACGGUGCGGCCAUCGAUUGCGACGAGAUGACCGUCUAUAUGAAACAACUGCAGAAGUACUUCGGCGGACAGUGCGACGCCAAGGGUAAGAACUGCCCGGAUAAGCUGAAGACGGCCGUCAGCUGGUUUAGUCGGGCCUACAAGCAGAUGGGCAAGAGCUGCUACUACGAUGCGUAUGAAUAUUUGGAUCGGUAGUAUGCUUGCGAGUAACGCAUUUUGGAAUUUAUGUAAAUAAUACAUGGCUUACACGAAUAAAUGGAAUGCUAACAUAAAAUGGCAAUUACACUGAUUAAGAGAAAGUUUUAGAUGAAACUUUUGAAUACCUGUCCUGAGUCUUCGUAGUUAUUGAGUUUGAAU